UUCGGUUGGAGAUGACGCAGGGAAAGGGGGCGGUUCCAGAGCGGCCGGUUACUUUGACUGCAGCGGCAAGAAAUCAUUUGGACGGUGAAUUUCACUUUUCCUUUUUGGGAACGGAUGAAGUAGUGUUCGAAGGAUUUUCUCAUCACCAUGAAGCGGAGAAGCAAUACCAACGUCACCAGGAGGAGUUCAACAAUUAAAAGGCGCAGUGAGAAUUUGCGUUUUGAUGAAUUCGGCUUUGCUCUCACUAAAAAAAAGGACCAGAAACUUCAUCACCGGUGUCACGAUUACAGCUACCCCCAGCUGAGCUCAGUGAGGGUGAAAGAGCUGUGUGAGCUGCUCAGCUACUGGAAUGGAGCCAGCUUUAUCUGCAAGAGCCAAAUUGAGCGAUUUAUCAAAAUGGGUAUCCCUCCAAGCCUGCGCGGCAGAGUAUGGAAGUGCCUGCUUACCACUGAUAUUAUGAGAGAUGCCAGUGACUUCAACUACCAGACAUGUUUGUCUGAGGUGCGAGGACCUUUGGUCGACCUGGGAGUCAGUGAAUACGGCAUCUUGUCUGCAAUCACUACACUGAGCGACACUCAGAACAACCUGGGCUUAAACCGUCAACAGUCCACCAGCCCUUCAAAGCCCCGCUACUCUGUCGAUGACAUCACACUCUUCAGACAAAUCGCCCUGGACCUUCAGCGUUCCUUCCCUACUCAUCGGUCCUUGAUGGGAGAAAGUCCCGAGGCCAUCGAGGGUCAAGCGAAACUCUUCAGGGUCCUAAUCGCCUGCGCCAAAUACAACCCAAAGGUUGGAUACACCCAAGGGAUGUCCUACAUAGCAGCAGUGCUGCUGAUGGAGUUGGGGGAGGAGGAGGCCUUUUGGGCUCUGGUGGCUUUGUUGGAUAAACCCAAAUAUCUGGGUGAAAUGUUUGACCUUAGCCUCACCAAGGUGCAGCACCAGGUAAAGGUGUUUGACCAGUUCUUAAAACACAGGAAGCCCGAGCUCUCCAAGCACAUGGUGAGUCGUUUUACUUUCCGCGUUUCACUACUUGGGUUUCUGCAAACAAUGAAAGUUGGAUGA